AUGUUGAGCAAAUCGCAAAAACAAUUUUACAAUCAAAAUGGAUAUGUUGUGGUGAAAGGACUCAUUCCAAAGGAGGCCAUUGAAGUGUACAUAAAUCGAUUUACAGAUAUUUGCUCCGGAAAAGUGAAAGUUUCACCGUUAGUGAUGCUGAUGCGAGAUGUUGCGAUUAAUAAGAAUAAAACCAAGCAAAUAUGUAAUUCAGACCCGGAACGAGUCCUCACGAAAAUGACGAAUUUCCAUGAAGACGAAGUUCUUUGGCAAUAUUGUCAGCAGCCUGAAAUAAUUGGAGGUGUACAAGAUUUGAUUGGAAACGGAAAAUCAACAAUUCUCGCAAUGAACACAAUGGUUAUCAAUAAACCGCCGGAUGCAGGUCAAUUGUCUUCACGUCAUCCUCUUCAUCAGGAUCUUCACUACUUUCCUUUCCGUCCCGCAGACUUCAUUUGUUGUGCUUGGACUGCUAUGGAACGCAUAACCCGCGCCAAUGGAUGCCUAGUGGUAGUUCCCGGAUCGCACAAGGGACCCUUGCUGGAGCACGAUUAUCCUGAAUGGAAAGGAGCUGUGAAUAGUGUUUAUCAUGGAAUAAAAGCAUAUUCUGCGGACUUGAACAUGGUUCAUUUGGAAAUGGACACUGGUGAUACUGUAUUCUUUCAUCCAUUGUUAAUCCAUGGAUCAGGAGCAAAUCGAACCAGCGGUUAUAGAAAAGCGAUAACAGGCCAUUUCGCAAACGAUGACGUCUGCAGAUAUAUUGACUAUGAAGAUUUAACAACGAAAUUGGCGGCGAAAGAAUUUGAAGAAAUCUCGAAAAAAGUAAUGAAGCGCUUCGAUGCAGAUGUCAAAUUCACGUAUCACGAUUUUUGGCGAAUUCGCGCCAAAGAAAUUAGUGGUGUUCGAUCGAAUUUGUAA